GCAAGUUGUAGCACCGCCCAUUAUCUAAUUCAGAAUUCAUGACUAGCCAGCCAUUCAUUUGCAGAAAUUGAACAGGAAAAUGGCGAACAUGGUCUCCAAUAUGUCCGAUCUGAUCCAGCGCAUUACAGCACCUUGCCUGCUCCACCCGCCCGUCACUGCCGCCGAUCGCGAUAACGGAGAUUCCGACGAAGACAAGUACAACAACUCCAACUCCGGCGCGGAAAUCACUCACAGCGAAGACGACGAAGAAGGAGAAGAUUCCGAAAUCCCGGAAAGCAGUAAAGAGGAUCUCAGAGCUGAAAGGGUCCUAGAAAUGGAAAUGAUAUUGGCGGAAGUGUUCGAAGCGGUGGUGAACAUGAAGAAGGCGUACGUUAGCCUGCAGGAAGCGCACAUUCCUUGGGAUCCGGAUAAGAUGCGCGUGGCUGACGUGGCCGUGGUGGCAGAGCUCCGGAGGCUGGGUAUCUUGAAGGAAAGGUAUAGGCGGAGUGUCGGCGCUGAUGGCGGCGGAAGAGGGAGGCGGAUUGUUGGGGCGGCGACGCUGAGGGAAGUGGUGGCGCCGUACGAGGCGGUGGCGGAUGAUUUGAGAAGAGAAAUGAAGUGUAAAGAAGCUGAGAUAGAGAACUUGAAAGAGAAGCUCAAAACGACGGCGUCGUUGACUCAUUGUAAUGGGAAGAAAUUAAAGUCAAAGCAAAACGUAAGCUGCAGCACUCAAGUGAAAGGUACAAAACUUUCUGGCACCUUUUUUGGUACCAACCAAAUUAUACAUUUUUUUUCAAAAGAAGUCAAAUUAAACUAUUGUAUACCAAAUUCUAGUCACUAGCCUAUGAUUGAAACAUACAUCUAAAGCGUUUUUUAUUAUGAUGAAUUAAUU